CUUUUCGCGAUUCUUCAAGCCCUUGUUCGUUUCAUCUCCUUUUCGACGGCCGAGACAUGGAAUCCGGGGAAGGAGGAGGGCGGAGCAGUAAAAGAAUGCGACAAUUUGAUGAGGAUGAGGAGACGACUUUCACUGAUAUUCGAUUAGGUCCUUCGGUUUGGAAGGAUGGUGCGCCGGAUUCGCCACAAUGUCCGGGGGAGAGAGUGAAGCCGGAGUCACCUGCGUCAAACUUUCAACCACUUCCACCGUGGCUAUGGGAAUCACAGUACCUACAAUCGCAACCACCACAGUCAAUGACGACGUAUUGGCGGUCGUCCUCGCCUCCGUAUUUUCCAAAAUCAACGGAGUGUUUGUAUUCUCCAGAACCACCGAAGUAUCCACCACCAGACUGCGCUCAGCUGCCAAAUAUUCCUCAACAAUCGCCGCGCAUGACGCCUUCUCUGAAAUCACCGGAGUCUUCAUAUUCUCCAGAAUCGCCAUGGAAUUCGUAUUCUCCAGCAUCGCCGGAGAAUUCGUAUUCUCCAAAAUCACCCGAAUAUUGGUAUUCUCCACAGCCACCUGAGUCUUCCUAUUAUUAUUAUCCAAAAACACCGGAGUAUUCGUAUUCUCCAAAAUUACCGGAGUAUUCGUAUUCUCCAAAUUCACCAGCGUAUCCUCCGUCACUUCCUUAUCGUUCAGAAUUUCCGAAAGUACAACUGAGACAAUCGCCGUGGCAGACAUCCAUUUCAUUAGGAGAGUCGUAUUCCCCAGAAUCACCGAAAUAUUGGCCAACGCCACAACAAUCACCGGAUUCGUACUCACCAAUGUCUCCUAUCUGUCCCGAUUCACCAAAAUAUCCACCGCAGUACCCAUUUGAAUCACCGAAGUACAGGCCAGUUGCACAACAAUCACCAGACUCGUAUUUGCCGCCGUCUCCUACCUGUUGCUCCGAUUCACCACAAUAUCAACCAAAUAAUUCAUUAGAAUCCCAGGCAACAGGGAUGUACUCGCUGCCGUCUCCUAUCUAUUGUCCCGAUUCACCACAAUAUCAACUAAAUAAUUCACUAGAAUCACGGCCAACAGUGAUGUGCUGGCUGUCGACCCCUAUCCAUUAUCCCGAUUUAUCACGAUAUCCACCAAAGCAUGCACUAGAAUCACCUAAAUAUGGGCCAACACGACCACUGUCGUCAUUUUCACAACAAUCACCGCACUCAUUCACGUUCCCAUCGCCUCUCAAUUGUCCGGGGUCGCGACUGCUGACUGGCAUAGAAGAGCCGAAGACAAGCAAAGAGCGUGAAGGCAGUGAUUCCCGAGCAAAAAGAUUCGACUAAUUGGCUGUUUUUACUACUGGGGCAAAUGCAAAUGGUGUAAACAACUGGAUCCUAAUGGUCCUUUUGAUUAUGGUUGAGGUUGAUAUUCUUUUGAUUUCUUGAACAAAGGGAUAUAGGUUGCUUUGAUCUUGUUUAUUCGCAAUAGCAUAUGAACUUGAAAUUUCUAAGAUUGUCAUCUUUAAACUUCGUUUUCUAUUCUCUUUUGUUUAAGAUGCAUUGUUUUGCUUUUAAUAUAACCCAAUUUUGGGCCGAAGAUUUGAUUGUUCUGUAUGCUUUUAUUGUGUUGUGUGAUCUAGCCAUAUAAAGUCAUCUAAAUGUAAUUACCCAAGAGGCCUUCUUCACUCAAAUUCAUUCUUAGAAGAAUGAUGAGAAUUAAGGAUAAUGUUGUGUGGAGAAUUUUCCUUUUUCUUUAUUUGAAUUCUGGUGUUUAGACACAGUGAGAAAUGAGAAAGAACUAUGCUUGUUUUGUACUCUCUUAAUUAAUCUUCAUUAUUUUUGUUUUAUUUUGUUUUGGGGUUGUUUUCUUAGCUCAUUUUGCUUUGAUUUGUAAACCACAAUUUUAGAGAGAGUGAAGUCAAGGGGAAGUUGAGAAUCAUCUUAUGUUGGAUGAAGCAAUAGUAUUUCUUUGAAGUGGAAAAUGGGGAAAGUUUUUGGGUAUAUAUAUAGAAAUUAUAAUCUGAUUAGUAUCCUUUUUGGUACAAUCUGUUUGCCUGGAACUCAAUUUGCAGCAUAAUAAUUUUUUUUUGUUCACAAUGUAUGUAAUUGAUUAAGACAUGGUGAUGCAAACUCAAGAAGAUGAAAAUGGUAUGAAUGGCAAGGUGUUAAGGAACAAAGGAGCAUAUGCUUCUGGUACUUUGAGUGAUGGAAAGGGAGGAGAUAUUAUUUCCUCUAAUCAAAUUAAAGUGGUGGG